GCAUGUAAAAAUUGACAUGAAUCUGUGUCCGGUAUUCUAGGAACGGUUGGGUAUCAAAUAGGUUACAAGACCUACGAGCUGUACUUCAUUGAGUGAAUACUUUCAAUGGGGAAUUUAGGAAAAGAAAGAAAGGAGAAACUAAGAGAUAAAUCUUUUCUAUUUUAAAAGAGAGAGUAUCUGUAAUUUCCCCAAGCAAUAAAGUUACUAAUAGCACUGUGUGAUGUGUGGGUUUUUAUUUUUCCUUGCUUCUUUGUAGGUGUUCCUCAACAUGUGCAUCUCUCGCUAUCACCUGAAAAGACUAGAAUCGGGAACUGCUAUUGGUGCAAUUGGAGCUCAGAGUAUUGGGGAACCUGGGACACAGAUGACAUUGAAAACCUUUCACUUUGCUGGAGUUGCAAGCAUGAACGUUACACUUGGAGUUCCUCGAAUAAAAGAAAUUAUAAAUUCAGCAAAAAAGAUAAAUACUCCUAUUAUUAUUGCAAAACUUCUGUCUGCUGCUAAUUUAACUGCAGCAAGGAUGAUUAAAGCCCGCAUUGAGAAAACUCUUUUGGGACAGUUUGCAUCUUCAACUAAAUCAUUGAUAAUAACACUACCGAGCCCUAGUUGGAUUGCUACACUGCUUCUUUCUCAGAAGCUUUUAUCAAAUGUCUCCUAUUAAACCACCACUCUGUUGAACUU